AUGGCGCAGUGCGUGCGUCGGCUGGUGCUGGCGGCGCCCCUCGCCGCUGUGGUGGCGCUGCUGCUGUGCACGAGCAGUGCACCGGUGGCGCGUGCUGCGGGGACGAGCGACUUCACUGAGGCGCAGCAGAAGAACACGCUGACGGUGCUGCGGGCGUUUGCGCGUGCGAUCCCUGAGCUGGGGAAGAAGUGGACGGGCAGCGACUUCUGCUCGUGGAACUUCGUCACAUGCUACUCCUCCGGCGUCAGCGUGUGGAUGGACAAAGUGGAUUAUACCGGCACGCUGCCGGAGAUGCCUUCGGGCGUCGACUACAAGGACGUCAUGAUCAUGGCACUGAACUUCAGCGCAAUGGGCCAGGGGCUGAGCGGGACGCUGCCCGCCUCAUGGAGCUCGCUGACGUCCUUGAUGUCACUGUGGAUCGAAAAGUCUGAGAAGGUCACCGGCACGCUGCCUGCACAGUGGAGCUCGAUGACGUCGCUGGGCAAUCUUAACCUGCGCUUCACUAAGGUGUCCGGCACGCUGCCUGCCCAGUGGAGCUCGAUGAAGCAGCUGGGCAAUCUUAACCUGCGCUUCACUGCGGUCUCCGGCACGCUGCCUGCCCAGUGGAGUGGGAUGACGAGUGCGGAGGCCCUGCAGCUGGAGUACUGCGGUCUGUCCGGUUGUCUGCCCCCCGAGUGGUCUGCGAUGCCGAAGCUGCGUAUCGUCUCACUGAGCGGCAACCACUUUAGCGGGUGUGUGCCCGACUCGUGGGUCAAGAAGCCUGGCCUCGUUGUGACCAUAGAGGACGAGCACAAGGGCAGCAACUGUGUAUCUGAUAAUCUCUGCGACACAACCACUGAGCCGCCCACUGCGCCCACCACCACCGGCACCCCAGCAGCCUCCUCUACUCCUUCUCCAGGGUCGGGGUGCGAGGUGGAUGGGUGUGAGGUGUGCGAGGGGGACUCCGCUGCGCGGUGCGCCAGGUGCCGUGAGGGCUACUCCCUGACGGACGAGAAGACGUGCCUGGCGCACCACGAU